AUGUUGAACUCAUGGAAUGGCACAAAAACUGCCACUCAAUCGACGGCGUCUGCAGCCACUAGAAAUGCUCCUCCAACCAAGAACGGAUCCACCCUACUGGCCCAACAACAACAUAUGCUACAGAUGCGCCAGGUCCGGUCCAAAUUGAGCACUUUCCAUUUCACUUCAACCUCUGCAGAGAUUUUGCGUAAGUAUGCAAAGUUUCCUGCGUCCCUCACGUUUCAUAUUUAUGAUACCCAUUAUCGCUUCAACAACACCCAAGAUUCAAGCAUAAUUCCCAAAUCGAGCCCCAUGGCCAAGAGCUUCUUGAAGCAUAUCAUCAAUGAGGAGAUUCCUACUGAAAUGACCGAGUUGCUCAAGGAUUUCGCCAUCAGAUUCUAUGACGGCUGUAUUAUAUUACAGGUCUAUGACCAUCGCAAUUUGGUCUCCAGCAAAACUUCAGAGGCAGAGACAAAGCCUGCAGUGGUAAAAAGAGAAGGAGAGAGUCAGGUCAAUGGCGACGCCGAGAAACCUCCCGGGAAACCUAAGACUUACCGGACGCUUCUUAAACCUACAGCUCAGCUGCUUUACUACGAUCUCCUAUACCACACAGAUCCAACACCAACAAAAUUUACCGACCAAUUGUCGUUACAGAUGGAGUCGGAGAUUUUAACUUUGACAAAUCGUAAACUCGAUCUCACUGCGCCACUCAAUCCAUAUUUUCAAGACGAGUUGCUACACCCAGAGUCUGAGUAUCCAAAGAAGGUAUGGGAUGACAAGACCCAGGACUGGAAGUUGAUCCACAGCCACCUCCAGGAGACGGAGAGAGAUCCACGCAAGUUGCACCAGGACCAAUUAGUCAUGCAGAAGUCCUCUGAGUACGAGGAAUUGAUGUUUUUGCUCUCCAACCACUACAAAAAUCCGGCGGACAGCACUUCAGAGAAAAAGCUCGUGGUUGUUGGGCCCAAUAUUGCCUCGAAGUCAGAUGCGGUCAGCUUGGAAGCUACACCAUCUGCUGGUAAUACUGGAAGCGCAUCAUCUGCAGACAAGAAUAAGCGUCUUGAUAAGCCUUCGACAAUCUCCAACGCGGCUGCCGUUCUUUCUACAGGUAAUGCAACCUCUAACCAAUUCAUGCGUUUGCGUUUCAUUGAGGAGAUUAGAAAGAGGAAAGAAACACAGAAAGCUCAAGCUGGCGCCGCAGUGGCUGCACAAACUCAAGGAACCUUGGGAGUUACACCAAAUGCAGAUGGAACCAGUGCUCUUGCUAAUGCUCAAAGACAGCAGCAGCUCAAGCAGCAGGCGCUGGCAAAACUCAUGACUGCACAAUUGCAGCAGCAACAGCAACAGCAACAACAACAACACCAGCAGCAGCAACAACAGCAGCCACAAGCGCAGUCACAGAUGGUUCUGCAGUUACAGCAGCAGGUUCCAGUACUGCAGCAACUGCUUCCCCAGCUGCUGUAUCAGAGAACACAGGGUACUCAGGGCAACUUACCACAGAACCAGACACUCCAGCAGCAGCAGCAGUUACAGAACCAGAUGCGUGGACAGACGCAGAGACCAGGUCAGCUGCUUCAGCAAGGUUUGGCUAACAAUGUUUCGCAGGGUUACCAGAAUACAGCACAAAGAAUGCAGAAUGUGCCUCGGCAGGGCCUCCCAGUUGCCAAUCAACAGAGUAUGGGCCAGACCACCCAACAACAGCAACAGAUGGCUAAGCAAGCAAACUUUGUGCGUGCGCAACAGUACCAAAUUCAACAGGCUCGUCAACAACAGCAGCUCCGACAACAGCAGAUGGGAAUGCAGAACCAAAACCUGGGACAAACACAAAACCUCAACCAGAAUCUUGGACAGAAUCUUGGACAGAAUCUUGGACAGAAUCUCAAUCAGAAUCUCAAUCAAAAUCUCAAUCAAAAUCUCAACCAGAAUAUUGGGCAGAAUCUCAAUCAGAAUUUGAGCCAAGCUCAGAUAUCUGCAGCCAAGAGACAAAAGUUGGGUGGUGUGAUGGGCCAAAUGCCUCAGCAAAACCAGCAAUACGGACAACCUAUGAGAACACCGCAAAUGAACAGCUCUCAACCCAGCUCCAAUGUUGGUACGCCAGUGAUGGCCAAUGGUAUUGUCGGAACUCCUCGUGUGGGCAAUAUGAUUCAGAAUUCACCACAUAUGGGUCAACAGAUGCUGCAAAUGCAACAAAUGGGCCAACAGUCCCAGAAUACUUCAAUGCAGAGACAGCAGCAACAGCAACUGCCUCAACCCCAGCAGCAGCAAAUGGGCCCGCGGUCCACUUCACAGUCAGCACCAAAUGGCCAGGCUCCGCGUUCCACUAUACAGCAACAGCAACAGCAGCAGAUUUUCCAAAGGUCUUUGACUCCUAAGGAGCAGGAGACGUUCAAACAAUUGCAAGGAAGGAUGAAUACCCUUGCACAAAUGGGAAGCACGGGAAUCGCUCCCAAUAGAUCGCAACUUACGCCCCAGCAGCAACAGCAGGCCAUUCAACAAGCCAAGAAUAUCCAGCAGCAAUUGAUGCAAAAGUUCCCUACGUAUUUUCAAAGGCUCAGACAGUUGCAAAUCUACCAGCAGCAAAAGAGACAAGCAAUGCAGGCUCAACAACAGCAACAGCAGCAACAGCAGCAACAGUCUCUGCAACAGGGUCAACAAAACAUGAAUAACAUGAGUAACAUGGAUACUUCAUUGUACAGCCAGCAUCAACAGAGUAUGAAUAUGAAUAUGUCGCUGCCAAUGGUCCAGCAACAGCAGUUGAUGGGACUGCCUAUGUUGCAACAAAUGAAUAUGCAACAAGACCAGGGAAAUAAUCUCAAGCGUGGUUAA